AUGGAGUCCAAACUGAAAUCCCUCAAAGUCGCCGAGCUCAAAGAGCUCCUCGCCGGCGUCAACAUCGCCACGCCGAACCGUGCCACAAAGGCCGACCUCAUAUCCAAAAUAGUCGAGAGCCAAGCCGCGCAGGACGCGUACAUGACAAAGUACGAGCCGAACCACGCGUCGGCCGCUCCGGCUGCCAGUGUGCCUGAGCCCGCUGCUGUUGUCGACGUCGAACCCGAAGUCACCGAAGCAGAACCCGAACCCGAACCCGAACCAACGCCCGCCACAUCCACCACCUCUGCACCCACCACCGACCCCGCGCCCGCCGCCGCCGCCGCCACGCCAGCAAUAAAAGCCCCAGACGAAACAACAGAAGCGCCCGAAGAAGACGCAGAAGCAGCCCUCGCAGCGCGCAAAGCCCGCGCCGAGCGCUUCGGCAUCCCCUUCGUCGAAGACCCCGCCGCAGUGCUCGCCGACGCCAAGAACGAGCGCCACCGCGGCGGGCGCGGCGGGCGUAAGGCGCGCGGGGGAGGGAUCCUGUCGCAGCCUGAGAAGCCUGCUGCGAAGGAGGGCGGAAAAGGACGGGAGGCGAAGGGCAAGGGCGGGAUCGAGAAGGUCGAGGUGGACGGGGAGAAGCUCAAGAGCCGCGCUGAGCGGUUCGGGCUGAAGCCGGGCGAGAACAAGAGGGAUAAUAAGCGGAAGAGUCCGGCUGUUGAGGAGGUGGAUGCGGAGGAGGCUGAGAGGAGACGGAAGCGCGCUGAGCGGUUCGGCACCGGGCCGGCUGCUGCUGCUACGGCCGCGGCGUAG